AUGGGUCUAUCCCGUAUCCUGGCCGCGAAUGUCGACGGCCGCACCCAAAACGCCCGCUACCGCCAAUCCCAAUUCCAAAAGCUCCAAUCAAACCUAGUGAAGCACAUCGCCUCAAUCCAAGAUGCCAUAAGCUCAGACUCAGGUCACACGCGCGCAGAGGUUCGCGCCGAGGUUGUGCUGGCGUUGCAGGAUAUCCGGACCCAUUACUCCAGUGUGAGUCUGGAGAAGGAUCUCGAGGCUGAGUAUCGCAUUGCGCGUGGUAUAGACAAUGCAGACGGCAUGCGUGGCAACGGUAUUGUAUACAUCAUACCGAAUAUGCAUACACUGUUCUAUUCCGUUAUCUCGGCGUUGAGUGCUGCUCUCGCCGCGGGGAAUUGUGUCGUCCUCGAGCUUCCUCAAACAACAAGCGCUCUCCCAGCCCUCCUACGAAAGAUCCUACCAGAAGCAUUGGACAAUGACACAUUCACCAUCACAGCCCAAAGACCGGAUCCUUCAUUCCUGAACAAAGCAUUGAUAGUCGACCAAACCGGAGAGUCGAACGCCAACGGCGGUCUAGUCUCACCGGCAACCGCAAGAACAGUAGCUAUCGUCGACCGCACAGCCAACAUCAACGAAGCCGCAAAGGAAUUGGUAGCAGCGCGGUUCGCGCUUGGUGGCCGGUCACCGUAUAGUCCGGAUCUAGUGCUCGUGCACGAAUUCGCUAUGAAACCAUUUGUCGAGGCUAUUAUUAAACACGCGUCAAAGUAUCUUGCUGGUGAGAAUGGAGAGGUGCGAUCUCUUUCCAGGAAAUCUGCUUUAUUGGACUCUAUCCAGAAGGAUAGAAGUGCGCGGGUUCUUGUUUCUGGGAGUAAUUGGGGUGUUGUUGAGGUUCACGAUCGGAAAUCACCACUUCUGCAGAAGAAGAUUGCAGAGAAAGUGUUGCUUGUUCAUCCAUUCUCUAGCUUGGAUGAUGCUAUUGAUACAAACUUCAACCAAACCCUGGCAGCGACUUAUGCCUUUGCAGCCCCAUCUUCAGCCAAAUACUUGACCCAAUUCAUCGAUGCUCAUGUUUCAUGGGUUAACCAUAUCCCCAGCCACAUGCUCAUCGGUCCGGCCAUCCCUAAGAACACAGCCCCAUUCAGCAAAACCCGCUACACAAAGACUCAAUUCGAGCUCCCACGCCCACAACUAAUAACCCCAGUGUCCAGCUCAGUGCAAGUUAUCCUUGAUAACAAUGCAAGCAAGGCCGAUACACUGUGGCGGGAGGCUAUUGCACCGUUGGCAUCGACAAAGCAAAGACCAGGCUUUAAGAUUGGAUUCUUUGAGCAGGGGAUUAUUACUGGUGGUCUUAUUACGCUUGCUUCAUUGGUUGCUACUGUUUCUACGUUGGGGUAUUACACUUGGGCUUAUGUACGGAGGGUUUAA